AUGGCUCUCAGUAAACCAAUUACGUCGAAAUUGAAAGAACGUUCUCGGACAUUUCACGAAGAAUGGGAGAUGCAAUAUUGCUUUACUGAAAGCAAAGCAUUGAAGCCCAUAUGUCUUAUUUGCUCUACCACGAUUGCCGUCGCCAAAAAAUAUAAUUUAGAACGGCAUUUUAAACAAAAUCAUUCAAAAGAAAAAAAAGAAAUAUUUGGUCAGCAGAAUUUGUUUGUAAAAAAAUUUGAUGAACUCGAAUCUAUGGUAAAAACAUCAUAUGAGAUAUCUUUACUUUUAGCCAAAAAUAAAAAGCCUUUUUCUGAUGGGGAAAUUAUUAAAGAGGCUUUAUCAAUUUUUUCUAAAAACUGUAAUGAUAAAAAUGUAAAAACUAAAGCAGACGGUAUUUCACUUUCGAGAAAUACUGUAACAAGACGAGUAGAGGAGAUGUCAAACGAUAUUAGCAACCAAAUAACACAAACAGUAACGAAAUGUAAAUAUUUUUCAUUGGCGUUGGAUGAAACUUGUGAUUUGACGAGUAUGUCACAGCUAGCUAUCUUCGUGAGGUGUGUUGAUGAAGAUUUUAAUGUAUUUCAAGAUUUAUUAGAGCUCAGCCAGUUGGAAACUACAAGUACCGGAAGAGACAUAUUUAUGAAAAUCAAGGAAUGUGUCGACAGAAAAGGUAUACCGUGGGAAAAAAUUAAUUCUGUUUGUACUGAUGGAGCACCCGCUAUGACGGGAAAAAUAAAUGGUUGUGUAGCCUUGUUAAAACAGUUCUUAGGCCGGGAAUUAUUUUCAUACCAUUGUAUCAUCCAUCAGGAAGCUUUAUGUGCCAAAGAUAUGAAGUUUAAUGAUGUUAUUGAUCCUGUAGUACGCUGUAUUAAUUAUAUCCGAGCCAAAGCGCUCCAUCGAAGACAAUUCAGGGUUUUGUUUGAAGAAGAAAUCAAUGAACUCGGUGAGUUACAUUUGUAUUGUGCUGUCCGCUGGUUAUCUAAGGGUGAAAUGCUGAAACAUUUUUUUCUUUUGAGGAGAGAGGUCUUGCAAUUUUUAGUAGAAAAGCAGGCAAUGCCUGAUGAGCGAGAUUUACUGGAAAGUGAAUCAUGGUUAUGCGAUCUUGCGUUUUUAAUAGAUAUUACACAGCACCUCAACAUACUUAACCGAAAGCUGCAAGGGAAGGACUGUUCGUUACCAAUAAUGUUCAAUUUGGUUUACGGAUUUAAAGCGAAACUCUCCCUUUUUUUGACGAAUUUGACUAGAAAUAAUAUCGACCAUUUUCCUACGCUUGUAGAUAUAAGAAGAAAACUAGAAAAUACUUCGCCUGACAUCUCGAAAUACCAAACACAAAUUCAAUUAUUGUUGCAGUCUUUUGAGAAUAGAUUUCAGGAUUUUGAGAAGGACAAAAAUAACAUUUUGUUUUUCAUGAACCCAUUUUCAAUCACAUUUAGUGAAAUACAAAAAUAUUCAUGCAAUAUCCAGUUGGAAAUCACAGAAAUUCAAAACCACGUUUCCUUGAAGCAGAUAUUUACCGAAAUUGUAUCAUCACAACCACAGCUGCAGUCUUCAGAAAAUUUAAUAAAAUUUUGGAAAUUAGUACCAAAAGAAGACUUUCCUGCAAUGUGUGAUCUUGCCUUGCAGAUUUCAAGCAGAUUUGGAUCAACAUAUAUUUGCGAAAAAGCUUUUUCUACUCUAACCUAUAUCAAAAAUAAAUAUCGUAGUUCGUUAACUGCGCCUCAUAUUUCAGAUUUGAUGUUGUUAUCAACAUCAGAUUUAUCACCAGAUAUUGAAAAAUUAUUAGCUAAUAAGUCUCUUCAUAGAUCUCACUGA